CUGAUGUGAGUUAUGUAGAAACCAUUCUGGAAUGUCAGUAUAUAAAAGUAAAAGUAGUACUUUCGAAAAGACGUUGAAUACGAACAAAAGCAUAGAAACUGAUACUGCAUUAAAUAUGUUGGAGAGAAUUAACGAAAAUGUUGAACAUUUAAUGAGGGCUGUAGCAGAAAUGCACCUACAAUUAGAUGAUGUUUCAGCACAACUGGCUAAUAAAGUUAUCCGCAACGGUCAAAAUAAAUCUAAUACAGACAGAAUUAAAACGUUCUUACCAUUAAAAUUCAGUCAGAAAGUGGGUCUGAUCCUAGCAACACAAGUGGUCCUUCAAUAUCAGAAGAUGCUGAACUCUUGUUCCUUAAAAGGAAGUGUGAUAUUGCGGCAGCAACCAUCAGUCACCUAA